UUUUAAGGAGCCCUCGUGUAGUCAUCGUCGUCGUACAUAUCACUGUCUACGCCGUCAAAAUCUAACGGCGCGUUUGUGACCAUGCAAAGCUCAAUGACAUUGGAACUACGACCAUCAGCUGAUUCCGGUUCAUCUGACGUCGAUGCUGAGAUCAGCGAUGGCUUUUCACCGCUCGAUAAUUCUCACAGAGACGUCGCUGAUGAAGACUCUGUCUUUGAGUCUGGUUCGUUGCUGAGAAGAGCAGAGAUGUAUCAAGAGUAUAUGAAGCAAGUACCAAUCCCGACGAAUCGUGGCUCGUUGAUUCCGUUCACUAGCUGGGUUGGUUUAAGCAUCUCAAUGAAACAGCUUUAUGGUCAGCCUCUACAUUACCUCACGAAUGUUCUCUUACAACGAUGGGAUCAAUCACGAUUCGGUACUGAUUCUGAAGAACAGAGUUUGGAUUCAAUCUUUCAUCCUUCAAAAGCUGAAGCUACCAUCUGGCUUGUUGAGGAGAUACAUCGAAUCACUUCUUCUCAUCUUCACAUUGCUAGUCUCUGGGGAUCUGAUCCUAUGUAUCACUCUUUCAUUGACCCAAUCUUUCCUAAAAUUGAAACAAGUUCUUGAAUUGUGAUGAACAUCUUUUUUGUAUCUACUUUGUUUUCGGAUCAAUGAAAUGUGAAUCCUCCUCUUCAUCU